CUACAGGAAUGGAUGAUGGGUUGGCAGCUGUAAAUUUGAGGGUCAUGUGCAGAAAUGGCUGGACCUUUGGGGAUGUACAAUACCAGUUUGCCUCCGCUGGGGAACCUACCACAGUGGUCAAGAGUAGGACUGGAUAAAUCAAGCCAUCUUCAACUUGGCAUCCAGAAUAACCAGGGGCCUCAGCCUCUCUCUCAGUCCCAGUCUGUUGAAGUCUGGAACAAAGACUCACACAAACUAGUCAUGGACUUGGAGAGAAGCCUGAAGUUCCUGCAACAGCAGCAUGCUGAGACCCUAACGAAGCUUCAUGAGGAAAUUGAAUAUCUCAAAAGGGAAAACAAAGAGCUUCAUUAUAAACUCAUAAUGAAUCAAUCGCUGCAGCUAAAAGGUGAUAAUUUAACUCCCACCUUGUUUGACAAGUCGCUUUCAAGGCAAGGUUCAGCAGUUUCUAGGUAUUCACUGACAAACAGGCAGCAGAUGGACCAGCCCAAAAAGCAAAAACUGAAUACAGAAGAACAGGUGAUCAGCGUGGUACAAGGGGAACCAGAGCCUCCCUGUCCAAAGGUGGAGAAGCCACAAGAGGAGGUUUUUUCUAGAGAGGACAGAGAAGUCUCUGAUAAAAUUACAUCUCCAGUACUUUCACUGCCAAGCCAGAUUAGAUCUGGGCAUGCUCAGGUACCACCAGCCUCCUCCAACCCUUUCUUGGUAAAUGUUCUCCCCUCCCACAUCCGGAAACCACCUACACUGGAAGAGUGUGAGAUUGUCAUUCACCAGCUAUGGAACAUCAACCACAUGCAGGCACAAGAGCUGAUGUAUUUGAAAUCAUAUCUGGAGGACAUCCACAAGAACAAAAGGAUUCCUGAAGACUAUCUGCUAGCCAGCCAGAUUGGGAAUCAAGAAGUUUCACGAUUACCCAAAAUGCUAAAAGGUACAUCUAAGAAAUGGUAAGUACUUCUACUUUCUUUAGAGAUUAAGACACUUCAUGAAAAAGCCAUGCUAGUUACAUCUGUAAUGUAAUCAGCUGUUGAGUCAAGCAUGUGAUACCUUUAGCAAUUAAGUAUUAAUCAUGAAGUUAAAAACAAGCCUAUUACUGGUUUCCCCCCUCUCCCCAUCUCACCUUCAACUUUAUCAUCAGCCACAAGCCUCUCCCCACUUAAGGUCAUGAUUGUCUAAAGAUCAAUCCAUAUGCCCUGCUCAGCAGAUAGCUGCAGUGAUCUCAUCUGAAAUCUGACUAUCUAGCUUAUUUUCAGUGUCCUACUAUAGCCACAGAGGAAGCUGCACAAAGUGUUUUAAUCACUAAUUCUUUGAGGGUUGCUUUUGCAUGUUCACCCUACCAGCCUCUUUUUCACAGAGUUCUACACACAGGACUCAGGUAAUAGGGACUGUAUGGCCUCCUGUGGCUUCUCUGUCAAACAUCUGAUGCUGAUGUAGUCCCUUAGGACACUCUCUUUUCUCCAAGGAUCACAGAGCUCAGCUACAUCCUAUAUGUAUGCUAAGUCAGAGGCAACAAAAACCUCUCUCAAGGAGGCAGGACAUUAAAGUGUGGUUCCACUGUGAAAAAUAGCCAGUCAUCAUCUUUACUCAGACCUUCCUUUUAUAUUUUCAGAGUCAAGUCUGCUAAUAACAUUUUACUGCCAUUAGCUAUGGUGGCUCUGCAGUGCUGAAGGAAGAAUGGAUUAAGAUUUUCUGGCAUCCACCUCAGAAUUAUUUGCUAAGAUCUGAAUGCAAGGCCAAGUUCUACCCAUAAUGAGAUUACACACAUGUAACUUUUCCAUUGCCACCGAGGAAUCAGUCACACAGCAAUUUGAAUUUUAGAUUGCAAUAGGAUUUAAAAGCAGUACUCUAUUUUGUGAGGACUGCAUAAAAGGGAAAUAGGAAAGCAAUACUCUGAUCUUACCCAGUCUUUUGAACAAGAAAAGACAAAUCAUUGGGUUAGACUAUGAUUAUUGCCAUCUUCAAAGUACACAAACAAGUAUACAAUAAGUCAUACAAGCCCUUUUAAGACGACAAAAGCUCAGCCCAGGACUCAUCCUGUGGAUGAGCUUUCUCCAUUCCUCCAUGCCAAAAUGCUGUCAAGAUAAGAGCCAAUUAACAAAGUUCCCCACCUAUGAGCUAAUAGGAGGAAUAAAGAUUCUAAACUCUCCCCCUUAAUACAUCUUUUCAUGCAGAUGCUGCAAACACAACACAAACACUAUUUACAAAACACAGGUGACAGAUACAGCUAUGUUUCUUUAAAAGUUGAAGUGAAGUGUUUAUUCAGAUUUUUCUGCAAGUUAAACUGUAGGAUCUCACUUCUUUCAUGAAACAGGGAAGUUUGGUUUUUUGUACUGAAAAAAAAAUCAGGUCCCUCCUUUAGCUGCUUAUUAGCCCCCGAAAACAGGACUAGUCUCUCCUAUAACAUGUGAUGUCAGCUAGUAAAAGCAAAGCAAGAAGCCCAGCUUCAUGCACUCAGUGUAACAGAAUCCUGGACUUGGACAGGUAACGAGCCAUUCACACUUAAAAUAAUAGCGCUUUUCAUCUGUUGAUCUCAAAGCAUUUUACAAAGGUCAGUAUCAGUACCUUCAUUUUACAGAUGGGGAAAUAUCUAUCUGAGGGACUUAUCAAAAAAGCUGCUAUGCCUCCUAAUGGUGACGGGGGUACUCACUAGCAGAAGGGCCCCACACACACUUCCAUCCCAUGAAACUGUACUGAAAGUCAUCUCUUUUCCUCACUUUACUAGAAAAAUAAUUUGUUAAGCACUCUGAAGGCUAGGGAGAGUUCUUACUACAGAAAUUUAAAUCAGUGGGACAGAGCACUGCAGAGGUUAGUCCAUCCAUCAUGUAGAAUCACUGGGGUGACUAAUGUGGAAGGUGACCCUAAUCCGGUAGACCUUGGUAAAGAGAAAGUGAUUUAAGAUCAUCACACUGCCAAUCAUUCCUCUCUCUCCAACUCUUAUCUCCAGUUUGAUUAUAACUCCACUGCCAGCUGCUGAAAGGGCAGUUCUGCCAGCACUGAAGCAAACGCUGGGAAACAGUUUUGCCGAGAGACAGAAGAGAACUCAAGCUAUUCAAAGAAGCCGUCUUCGUCGG